UCUUCGCCCAACGAUUUUCUGCACUGCCUCUCGCGCACGUUUAUGCAGUCAGCUCUCACGCUUGCUGUGAAAAUGACCACCCUAGACCCGCUGAAGUCCGUCAUGGCCAUCGAAAACGUGGAGGACACUUCGCUCGCCUUGCCGUCUGUAAACCAGUAUCGCUCAGGUCAACAGCGCGUCUUGGAGCAAGUGCAAAAAGUGCGCAGAUCCAAGUCGAGACAUGCGAGCGUAAGAAGUGGAUCUACCUCUUUAUCUCCCACGGAGUUCAUAUAUGACUCAGUGGAUUCAGUGAAGUCACCAACAUCUGUCUAUAUGAAUGGGAAUGUGUUUACUGGGAAUGGAAUUUCUCAAGCUGAUAAAUACAUGGGAACUAUGACCUGGAAAUCCCAGAAUAAUGUCAAAAGCUCCAACGUAAAAAGAAAUUCUGAAUCUUCCUUCUAUCAGUAUGGGACGUACGCACCCAUUGGCUCGAUGACAAUGGCUAAAACUACCACUAGCCGGAGUGAACCAAGUCUGGCUCGGCAGCGGAUUUCAACCAAGAAAGCCAAUUCGCCUCAAAGAUUACCAUCUCACAAGAGCACCUACAGGCCAUCGAGAACCACCCAUCAGUCCCUGCCUUCGCCCAGCACCAAUGGGACCAUUAAAACCAAGUCAAGCAAGCAAGUCAUACGCAAAUCUGUGACCAGUUCAAAAACUGUCCCAAUGAUCCCAACACUUCCAAAACCUUCACUUCCCAAUCUGGCAACAGUAACAAAGAAAAAGGAAGAGUUUGUGUCAAAUGUAAACAGUGGUGCAGUAGAAAUCACCAUGAAGGAAGCAGUGGAAUAUCUUUCAAAUUUGGACAGUUCCUUUCAGCAUUGUGGAGCAUCAUAUAUACAGCAUAACGCUUACAUGGAUGAGAACGCGAAAGAAGAGGUGCUGAAGUACAAUGGAAUCCCUCUGCUGAUUGGUUUGCUGCGCAGUUCCAACUCUUCAGUGAGUCAGACUGCUUGUGCAGCUCUGCGUAAUCUAUCCUUUAAAAACAUUAAAGCCAAAGAGGAAAUCCAACACUGCAAUGGCAUCACUGAAACUGUGGCUCUGCUGCAAGAGACUGACUCCACUGAGAUGCAAAAACAGCUCACAGGUCUUUUGUGGAAUUUGUCAUCAGCAGACAGCCUCAAGCCAGACCUGUUGAAAAAUGCUUUACCUGUUCUUAUGGAGCGUGUCAUCCUGCCGUACACAACUAUGGGUAACAAUAUUGACCCAGAAGUCUUUUUCCAUGCAACCGAGUGCCUGAGGAACCUGAGUAGCACAAAGCAGAGCUAUCGACAGACAAUGAGAAAGUGCCGUGGUCUGGUUGACUCGUUAGUCAGUUAUGUGAAAGACUGCAUUGAUGCUGGCAAGCCAGAUGAGAAGUCUGUAGACAACUGUGUGUGCACCUUGCACAACCUGACCUUCCAGCUGGAGGCUGAAGCUCCGGCCCUCUUCACAAGGAUCACGGCUUUGGCCAAAAACGUCAACCGGAAAAACAGCCAGAACGAUGUGGGCCCCAUUAGCUUUUGUUUUAAUCCACCAAACAAGGCUACAGAGCAUGAGCAUUAUUUUGACUUCCCGGCCAUAGAGGAACCACAUCCCAGUGGAGCAGGAUGGUUAAUUCACUCCAAAACUCUGCAGAGCUACCUGACUUUGCUUGGGUCAAGUCAGAAAGAAGAAACACAAGAGGCGUGUUGUGGAGCUCUACAGAAUCUCACUUUACAUGAUGGCAUUGUGUCCAGUGUAAUGAGUCAUACUAUUGUGAACAAGCUGAAUGGACUGCAAGUCAUUGGCCCUCUAUUAAAAUCCAAUAAAGUGAACUUGCAAAGGAACGUAGUGGCUUUAGUGCGGAACCUCUCCCGCAACCCAAGCCUGCACAAUGCAUUAGCCCGUAAAGCCUUGCCGCAGCUGGUGGAUAUAAUCAGCGACGGCACAAAGGAAGGAAAUGAAUCGGAUGACACUCUGGCCAUGGCCUGCCAGGCGGCCAACAAUCUCUUCAUCAAGGACCCAGACAUGAGCAAGCACCUGCUCAACAAGGACCUUAUUAAGUCCCUACAAGAUCUCAGCCAGAACAGCUAUCUCCCUAAGUCUAGCAAAGCAGCCUCCCUGCUCCUCUACAACCUGUGGUCUGAAAAAGACACACAAAGCUAUCUGAAAAAGCUUGGCAUGAAUAAAUCAUCUUUUGUGAAUGACGUCACCACUGCAGUCCACAAGUCACUUCAAGUUGUUGAAUAAAAAUACUGGAAUAGAUUGUCUAUGCAGAUCUGAUUUUAGAAUUGUACUUUCACAUUCUUUUUCACUUGUUUGUGAUAGCAUUUGGUAAAAUUUAACUGGUAUUUUAGUUUGUGAAGAUGUUUGCUAAUUGAAUGGUUGUAAUUAUUUUGACUAUUUAAGGAAAUGUAGAUAUUGUUUUUGAGAAUCACUGUAAAAUGGGAUAUAAUUAUGACAUAUUAAAUAUUUGGUUAAAUAAUAAAACAAAAAAAAAUC